UAGAAAACUCCAGCUGCUCAGACGCAUUUUGUGUCGCGAUGUUGAUCCGUCAAAUUAUCGUAACUCUAGUCAUAGCAUUAGGGGUGUUGUGUGAUACUGCCGACAAUAAAAUUGAAGAAUGCAUUCUUCCAGAAGAUCUCGUCAAUGAGAUUGCUUCAUAUGCACCAACUGUACAAAAAAUUAUCAAUACUUCAAUUAAUGGAAGCUUCAAGGGAAUCACUUACAAUGAACUGGCUUAUUUCGUCGACAAAUUCGGGAACCGGAUUUCCGGCUCCCAAAAUUUAGAAGAUGCAAUUGAUUUCAUGAUUAAGAAAUCUAGUGCUUCCGGCCUAGACAAUGUUCAUGGCGAAGAAGUUAAAGUACCUCAUUGGAUAAGAGGUUCAGAAAGUGCAACAAUGAUAGAACCACGUACAAAAAGUUUGACCCUUUUGGGUUUGGGAAACAGUGUAGGAACCCCACCGGAAGGAAUUUUAGCUGAAGUUUUGGUUGUUAAAUCUUUUGACGAAUUGAAUGCAAAAGCUGGACAGGCAAAGGGAAAAAUCGUUGUUUACAACCAAGAUUACAUCAGUUAUGGCCAAUCUGUUGCUUAUAGGGGUCAAGGAGCUACCGCUGCUGCUAAAGUCGGUGGUGUAGCAAGUUUAAUCCGUUCCAUCACCCCCUUUUCUCUAAACACGCCACAUACAGGAAUGCAAAGUUACAAAGAUAAUGUUACUAAAAUUCCGACGGCUUGUAUUACAGUAGAAGAUGCACAUUUAUUACAAAGGUUGCAAGAUGAAGGUUACACGAUAAAGAUUCUUUUAAAAAUGGAAGCACAAACUUUGCCUGAUGUAACAUCCAGAAACGUUGUGGCUGAAAUUGAAGGCAGCAAACAACCAGAAAAAGUCGUCAUUGUUUCAGGCCAUAUCGAUAGUUGGGAUGUUGGUGAUGGUGCAAUGGAUGAUGGAGGUGGUGUUUUUAUUUCAUGGGGUGCUUUGGCACUUCUUAAAAACCUUAACUUGAAACCUAAAAGAACAAUCCGAAGUGUAUUUUGGACGGCUGAAGAGUUUGGUUAUGUUGGUGCUUUUGGAUAUGCACAGCAGCAUCAAAACGAAACUGAUAAUUUUGUUUUUCUUAUGGAGUCCGAUAUUGGAACUUUUAAUCCUGUGGGUCUAGAAUAUGCAGGAGGAGCUACAGGUUAUUGCAUCGUUCAAGAAAUUGCAAAGACUAAAGUGGAUACUUUAGUCCCUGUAAACAGGGUCAUUUAUUCCAUAGGGAAUAAAUGAACUCUCUAGGGGGUCCAGACCGUAUUUAAUCCCUAGUUUCGGAAGUGACAAAAAAAUAAAUACUUUUGAAGUGUAAAAUAUAGCGUAUAUACCUCGGGACCAAAGUGCUUAAAUCUCUUCACUCGUAAGAUUGAAUGCUGCACUUUAGAGCCUCUAUACAAAGUGGUCCAGCCCAGCAGUUGCAGUUUUGAUAUUUUGUAGAUGUUAUUUAUAUUCUAGGACACAUUUCAGGAAAAUAUUUGUGACCAUACAGAAUGUCCCAAAAAAGUAUGACUUGCUAUGGCUUGCUAUUAUUUUUUUGUGCUCAUUAUGAUAGGUUUUUAACUUCUUUCAUGUCCCUAAAGUCUUUUUCAAAUUGGUUAAGGGAUUAUUGUUGAAAACAAACAAAAACUAAAAAAAAAUCGGUUUACAUCUUUAGAUUUAAAAAUUAAUAAAAAAUAGAAACAAUUGCUCGAUAUAAAAAUAAACAGGGUCGGAGUCAUCUUCGACUUUUAUUCAUUGAAUUUGUCAUUAAAAUACUUGACAAAACAAGUUUUUAUUAAAUGACUCCGAAUGUAUUAAGAUCUACGUUACGGUUGUAAUAUAAAAAGUUGUUCGUUUUUUAGUUCUGCUUGGAAAGAUAUAAAAAUAAAUAGGGGUUGCCAUUUAAAAUAAGCAAAAUAAAAAGCUCUAAACUUUUAAAAGUUUGGAAAUAAAUUGAAAACAUCAUCAUUUAAUAAUCUAAAUCAAUCAAGCCUAAUUAAUAAAUCUGUUAGAUCUUGUUCAACACGGACCUAGUAAUAAAGUAUUAAAAAAGUACUGUUUCUAUUUUUUAAUAAUUUUUAAAUCUAAAGAUGUAAAACCGAUUUUUUUGUUUUUUUUUAACACAAAUUCCUUGACUGAUUUGAAAAAGCCUUUAGGGACGUGUAGGAAGCUAAAAAGGGAUCGUAAUGAGCACAAAGAAAUAAUAACAUGCCAUUAAAAAAAUAUUAUUCACAUAAAACUUUUUUGGGACACUUUGUAUAGUCAAAAAUAUUUUCCUGAAAUGUGUCCUAGAGUAUAAAUAACGUUUACAUAAUAUGAAAAUUCCAACUUACGUAAAAACUGAGCUACAAAAGACGAGAGCUGGAUUGGACCAUCCUGUAUAAUAUAUUAUUUUUUCUAAUCCCAUUACCAAAAAUGUCAAAUUUUACAUCUAAUUUGGGCGUGGUUUGCUGUCAUUAUUAGUCUAUUAUUGUUUGACUCGCAUAGUUCGCUGCGCUCACUCGUUUGGCAAACGUUCUGGUUGUUAAACAAAAUGGAUCUUUUCAUAACUGAUACAUAAAUAA